CCUGAGUCUUCAUAACACAUCACAAAGACUUCAAAGACCUGACACACGUUCGACCUCUGUCACUUAGCAACGGUAUUAAAUUCUCAACUGAGCUCACCUUAGUUGGAGAUUCGAACGGUCCGAGAAAGCAAACUGGUCGCGGGCUUGAUAUCCCUCACCAGAUUUCUCUGCUUUUAACAUAGUCAAUUUGUCCCUGUCUAUGCCGUCAUCGCCGACUUCCCACGCACCUUGUGAAAAGUGUCAAGCAGGUCGGGUCUUCUGGUAGGGCACGGUAUCAGCGUGUCUGAGACGGUGUGGGAAAGAAAAGGAAAACAAUUCAAGAUUGCUGGCUGUUACAACUGUACCGACCUUGGACCUUGGUGAUCUUACUUAUACCCGCCUCUAGAGGGGAUCAGCCCUGGUUAUCUAGUUCACCGGCCCCUCCGUCUAUUGUCUGGUUCUCAUCCGUCCCACUCUCUCCACCAAGAGACGUCAAAGCAAGCCAUACGUCUAUAAUCAUCGUAGGAUAUAGGAUCGGGAGUGACAGGCUCUCAAACUAAGGCCGCCACUGUCCCAAGGAAACAUAUAGCAUGGAUCCUUCGACAAUGGAUUUCAUGAUGCAUCCCCCGGAGCAUAUUGGCCCGUCCUCAUCAUCGGCGAACGUUGAUCACGCAGCUCGUUCUGCAUGCCCGGCUUUACGGGCUGCAGUGGCGGCGGCAGCUGUUGCUGAGCAUAGUCAACAUCCACCGGCGAUGUUCCCAUCUCGGCCUCCCAAUUACUACUUUGACCCGGUGCAUAAUAAUGCUCACUUCUGGCAAACUCUACCCCCACCACAUGCCCGAUGGACCUCGGAUCCGCCCUUUCAACAUUCUCCACCCAUUUUACCACUGACCACUGGCCAAAUGAAUCAGCCUCCAUAUCAAUCAAACGGGCCCAACUUAUACAACUCACAUAGUAACCCACCUCAAUUUCGCAACCGGGCACCAUUGCUCAGUUUACAGCGGAUUGGAGGCACGGCUCCUAUUCAACACAGUCAGGGAAGUUACUCAGGCUCUAAUCAAAGUCAGCCCCAGGCUGGAAUUACGGGUGAAACGGGUCCUGGUGCCUCAGUGCAUGGCCCGAGGACAAACUUGCCAUCCCUCGCCUCUAUGCCUGCUACAAGUACAAGCCAAAACUUGCAAACAACAUUUCCACAAACCUCACACCCCACUCAACCGCCGAGCCAGCACAACCCUACUCUCGCCCGCCGUAGUACCUCAUCGCCUUUUACAACUUCCGACGCGACUACUACUCCUUCUAGUGGACAGACCGAUUUCGGAUCCUCCAAUUCUUCUAAUUCAUCUUCGUCUUCGCCGCCCCGACGAGCCCCCGGCGGUCCUCGAACCGGCGAUAUGUCUAACGAACCAACAAGCUCCGAGCCACAACGGGUCAGCGCGACACGAAGCAGACGAGCUGUCCCGCGGUUGCCUUCUGAAUCGGGUUGGUCUAGUGACGACGACUCGGAACCGGAUGCAGCUGCAUUGUCGUUUUUGGAGGCCGCCGUGAACAACGCACCCGGCUUGGAUAAUGUACCCGAUGGACGGAUGAGAGCGCACCAACUUAUUAGGGGGGCCAUGUCGUCGAACAAGAGGGUCGCCUCUAAGAAGGCUAUCACCUCGCUAGAGAGUGUGGCAAUCCCCAGCCUACCGGAAAAUGAGAGAACAUGCGUGAUCUGCUAUAACGACUAUGGAGUUGAGACUCCCGAAGGCAUUAGUGAAAACCCGCUGCGACUGCCCAAAUGCAAGCAUGUCUUCGGAGAUCAUUGCAUUAAGAAAUGGUUUGAAGAAUCAGACAGCUGUCCGUACUGCAGAGACAAGGUUCCGUCGGAGCCUCAAUACCGAAAUGCGAUGCAUGCUCAUAAUGUGUAUCGAUUCCUACGCCAACACCACCAGGUGGCAAUGCAGAUGCAAAUGCGGAACGCUCGAGAGCAUGAACGUAGCGACUCGGAUCCGCUCAGACAACCUGCUGACGCCAUGUUAGGUGGUCUACCAGCUUUAGCUUCGAGCACCUUUCAGGAACUCGACCAUACUUCACUAAAUGGCGCUUCGGCAAGGAGACAAGAUAAUCAGUCUACGUACACUUCCCGAACACCAGCUUGGCACGGCAACUUUGGAGAUCGUCAUUCUCCGCUUCCGUUCAACGAGGCCGGCGACAGACGUAGAGUGCGUCCUCGCCAUGGAAGCCUAAGAGGAUUUCCUUCUGGACGAACGCAUUUUUCGCCAACCAGUGCCGUUCCAACUCCGCAAUAUCCUUGGCUUAACAGACCGACUACGAACCAUUCGCACAACCGUCAGCACUCUGCGUCCUCGGCGAACACAACUACCCGACCGACGUUUGAUGCCAAUGUUCACGCUUUCCACCUCCAGCCGCCUAUGGGAGGAGCACCACCGCCCGAGCCUUACCUGAAUCCAUUAAAUAUUCCGGGCUCAGGUAGCAAUGGGGAAGGUUACCCUAUGCUGCCCCAUAUGCGCUCACAGCACAUCUCGCCCCUAUCCCCGACAUACGCAGGCCCAGAAGUCUACAUGUCUAAUGCUGAUGAGUCCAUCUAUGGAGGGGCUAUUUCCCAUCAGCAGUCAUAGGGAAACACGUUCUUGGGAAACCCGUACCUAUAUCUUCCUUCUGAAUUUCAAUCUCAUUAUUACGAACCAGACGGAAACGUAUGGCAGCACCCAAUGAUUUA